AUGAAGUUCUCCAUCACUGCUGCUGUUCUUGCUUUCGCUGCCACCGUCGUGGCCAUGCCCGGUGGUUCUCCAUCCUCCGUUGAUGACAACGGCCCCGGCAACGCCAACGGUGCUGGCAACAAGGGCAACAGCGACGUUCGCUUCCCCGUCCCCGGCGACAUGACUGUCAAGCAGGCCGAAGACAAGUGCGGUGACCAGGCUCAGCUGUCCUGCUGCAACAAGGCCACCUACGCUGGUGACAGCACCAACGUUGACAGCGGUCUCCUCGCUGGUACCCUGUCCAACCUCAUUGGUACUGGAUCUGGCUCCGAGGGUCUUGGUCUCUUCCAGGAGUGCUCCAAGCUCCCUCUCCAGAUCCCCAUCAUCGGGAUCGCCGUCCAGGACAUCAUCAGCAAGCAGUGCCAGCAGAACAUUGCUUGCUGCCAGUCGUCUCCCGCUACCACCGACGACGACCUCAUCGGCCUUGGUCUUCCCUGCAUUGCUCUCGGCUCCCUCGUUUAA